GCGGCUGGUCAGAAGACGGCUUUACCUUGGCAACGACUUGUUGUUAGCAACCGGCAGCGGUCCAGCGUUGGUCCCCGCCGAGCUGCCUGGGGGAGGCACCCGCCAUGAAUCCGCCGGUCCCCCUGGGGAUCCUGGAGGAUAAGGAGGAGGAACACUUAGCCACUCAGGUUCUCGGACCCUCGAUCAAUUCCGAUAACCCGCAGGAGCGGAUCCAGGCCCGGCGCCUCCGCAUCGCGGCGCGCCUGGAAGCCCGGAGACGGGAAGCGCUUGGAGAAUAUUUAGAUGGGAAGAAGGAGAGUGAGGAAGAUCAAAGCAAGAGCUAUAAACAGAAAGAAGAAAGCAGACUGAAAUUGGCUAAACUGCUGCUCUAUGGCACCGAGUUGGUGACAAACAUCCAGGUGGCUACGGACAUCAGAGAGAUCCACCGGCGGGUGGAGGAAGAGGAGCUGAAGCGUCAGAGGCUUGAAAAACUGGAGAACGAAGUCAAGACCAGCCAGGACAAAUUUGAUGACAUCACCGCCAAGUGGGAGGAGGGCAUACACAAGAAAAUUCCCCAGGAACUGUGGGAAAUGCUCAACUCCCAGCAGGUGCACUGUGCGGGGCUGAUCGAAGAUAAGAACAAGCUCAUCAGCGAGUUACAGCAGGAGUUAAAAAUAAAGGAUGACCAGUACGUGAAGGACUUGAAGAAGCAGUCGGAAGACAUCUGCGUGCUCCUGGAGCGGAUGGAGGAGCAAGUGAAGACUGUGAUGAAGACCUUCCGCCAGGAGCUCAACCACAUCGAGAAAGCAUUUGAGGUGGAGCGGCAGGAGCUCCUGUCCAGUAACAAGAAGAAAUGGGAGCGGGCGCUGCAGGCUCACAACGCCAAAGAGCUGGAGUAUCUCAUGAACCGCCUCAAGAAGGUCGAGGACUAUGAGAAGCAGCUGAGCAAGCAGAGGAUCUGGGACUUCGAGGAGUACAACAUGAUUAAGAUCAAGCUGGAGCAGGACGUGCAGAUUCUCGAGCAACAGCUUCAGCAAAUGAAAGCAACUUACCAGCUAAACCAAGAGAAGCUAGAGUACAACUUCCAGGUCCUGAAGAAGAGAGACGAGGAGAGCACGAUGAUUAAGUCCCAGCAGAAGAGGAAGAUGAACCGCCUGCACGACGUCCUGAACAACCUGCGAUCCAAGUAUGCCAAGCAGAUAAAGCAGUUUCAGGAGGAGAACCAGUCACUAACCUCGGACUACAAACGCCUGGUGGUACAAUUCAAGGAGCUGCAGAAAGCCAUGAGGCAUUUUGUACUCAUCGACGAGGAGAAGUUUCGGGACUUUUGGGUGAUGAAUGAAGAGGAGGCGAAGGGUCUGAUAAGCAGAGCCUUGGAUGUAGACAAGAUCAUCCACACCCAGCACCUGGGCCUUCCCUGGACGGCACCUGAUUUCUGGUUCCUGAAGAACGUGGGGCCUCUAUUUCAGCAGCAGCAGAAGUCCGCCACGCAAAUACUAGAGGAAGUGCUGAUGCAAACAGAAGGGGAGGGGUCGGAGGAGGCUGACCAAGAGCUGGAGUCUUACCUGGACCUGCCCAAGCAGGUUUCAGCCAGCACGACCAGGAAGAUCCUGAUGCUCCUGUGUGACGAGUCGGGCUUCCUCAUCGAGAGCAAGCUGCUGAGCCUCCUCCAGCCCCUGGAGAAGAGCGAGUGCUACCUGCUGAGGCUGGAUGCCAUAUUCUCAGCCCUUGGAAUUGAGAGUGAGGACGACUUAUAUAAACUGGUGAAUUUCUUCCUCAAAUACCGAGCUCAGCAUCUGUCCAGCCAGGUGAGAGUAUUCUCUAAGAAGAGGGAGAAAGAGGAGGAGGAGGAGGAGGAGGAGAAGAAGGAGAAGGAGGAAGAAGAGGAGAAGGAGGAGGAAAGUCUUGAGGAAGAGCAGGCAGAAAGUCUUGAGGAAGAGGAGGAGGCCUCCACGUCUCCCAGGCUCAUCCACCCCAACGAUGUCCUUAAGAUUCUGGAGGCCUUUGUCAAGGGUCUGAAGAAGCCCAGGGACGCUCGGGCACCAGUGAAGUUGCAGAAGGCCACGCGCGAUAACUCCAAGGACUCUGACUACUGGAAGGCCCUGGCCACGGUGAUCCCUCGCUCCAGGCAGAACCUCUGGGAUGGUCUAUACGCAGCCCUGGAGAAAUACCACCUGGUCCUGAUGCGGAGGGCGGAGCUGCUGCAGGAGUGCCGCAUGCUGGAGCAGCAGAACACGGAGCUGCAGCAGCUGCUGCAGAAAUACCUGGGCUCCAAGAUAAACUCGGAACUGCAGGUUCCUCCGACGCAGGUGCUGCGGAUCUCCACAAAGUCCAACUAGGCCUGAAAGGGUGCUGUCCGCGGGGCACCAGUGCGGGCGCUGGUGCCGGAGCCGCACACGUGCCGGGCGCUGCGGGGCGCACUCUGCCUUCCCCAGAGCUGCCACUGCACGGUGACACGAGGAGUUGCCUGUAUCCCACAGUCAUGAUUAAAGUCUUUAGAACGUU